UUCGGUACGGUAGUGAAUUUUAACCUCCUCCCCCAUUAUUAAACCCUAACUCGUUUUCCCGCCAAUUGAACCCCAAUUUUGCGCUGGUUUGGCGCUAUCGAUUCCCACUCGGGCCAUCCACUCCUGCUUUUCCUUUCGGAGUAGGAGCUCUGUAGCUGAAGAAAUGGCGCCACUGAGUUGGAGGCACCAGACUCUGAUACAGGUCCUGCUUUCGCGGGGCCCACUCAAGGAAAAUGACUUCUCUUCCAUCUUCUCACAAGUCAUCGGGAGAACUUCAGGGCCACAGCAGCAGUUGCUUAAUGAAUAUCUGCGCAAGAUAAAUACGGAGUUAAGUUAUGUUCAGUUGGAGUUGCGAGCAUGCCGAAACCAAUAUGAUGGCAAUGUGUAUUAUGGUGUCGUCAACAAUGUCUCGGAUGAACAGUCCAAACUCGGAACUAAAUACACAGUUCCUCAGAUUGCUUUCUACAAGGGCAUUGUUGAAGCUAUUAUACAAGAUGCGGAAGCUAGAGGCUGCAUUUUGAAUACUGAUGCUCUAAACAUACGGUUGGACACACAGGUUCAUGGGGUGACUGAUUCAGAGUCGCAGGCAGUCCAGAUUCCUCCUGCAUUUAAGAAUUUUUCCAUGUCGCAAAAGGAAAAAACUCUUGAACAAUUGGUAAAAGACAAUUGGCUUUGUUCAAUGCCAGAUGGAAAAAUUGGUAUUGGAGUAAGAUCCUUUCUAGAUCUCCGAAGUUGGUUUCGUGCCAACGAAGUGCCUGCAUGCGAAGUUUGUAAUGAGGCUGCAGUUAAGGCUCAACUUUGCCAAAACGAAGCUUGUAAUGUUCGACUCCAUCCGUAUUGUCUGAAAAAGAAAUUCUCUCAACAAAGGGUCGAAAGAGUUUGUCCAGGUUGUGGAACACAGUGGCAUGGCAUCAAAGCAGAAGCUGUAGAAGAACCGGAUGAGAAUAUUCCUCCCUCUCAACCUUCGAUGAAAAAGAGGCGUAGGCCCCACCGAGAAGAUAAUGCCGACAGUGAAGAAUAUUCUUCUCAAGCUUCUUUAUCCAAUGUAAAGAGGGUGACUCGUAGUUCUGCUCGCCGCGGUGCCAGCUAAGGCAACUCUGCCUGCUUACGUGGCAAUUCCUCCCUCGGAUAAUAAACCUUGUGUAAUGUGUUUUCUGAUUACUGUGGCUUUUUUCAGAUGCUGCAAAAUGGAGUUUUUGGAAAUUUAUUUUUUUUUAAAUUUUUCGAUGUAAAUUUUGGUAUUGUAUUACAGAAGGUGAUAGUUCCGGUAUUUUUGUAAUAUUAGAUAUAUAUUGCUGCCACUUUCUAGUGUUGGAAUAGUAUGUAUAUAUUUUUUGGAAUUUAGGCA